AACCAUGCAUCCACAAGACCUAAGUUAGCAAGCACACCACGUCCUUGCCUGUUCGGCUUGACUCCACUUCUCCACUAGCAUCAUAUCCAAGAGAAACCGGCCACUAUCUUCUACAUAUUCAGGUUCGUCAAUUCUCGAUCCUUAUUAUCACGGUAGCUCGCGAUGGACGCCAGAGCAGUGGCCGGGUGCUUCCGUGGAAAGACCAUACUCGUCACCGGCUCAACUGGUUUCCUUGGAAAAUUGAUGGUUGAGAAGAUACUGAGGGUACAACCGGACGUGAAGAAACUCUACCUGUUGGUGCGUGCGCCGGAUGUCGCCUCUGCCGAGCAGCGUAUCCUGACACAGGUGUUGGGGAAGGACCUGUUCAAUACCCUGAGGGAAAAGCAUGGGCUUGCUGGCUUCCAGAAGCUCAUCAAAGAGAAGAUAGUUCCUCUCGCCGGAGACGUUGGGUCUCACAACUUCAGGCUCGACAACUCCAGAGCUGACGACCUGUGUGAGGAGAUCGACAUUAUCAUCCAUGGGGCUGCAACAACUAGCUUUUAUGAAAGGUACGAUGUUGCUUUGGCAACGAAUGCACUAGGAGCCAAAUAUGGAUGCGAAUUUGCAAAGAAGUGUCCUAAUCUGAAAUUGUUGCUUCAUGUUUCUACUGCUUUUGUAACUGGUACUCAAGAUGGACUUUUACUGGAGAAAGCACUCAAGAUGGGUGAAUCACUACAGCCUGGUUACCACUUGGACAUUGAAGCUGAGUUGGAGUUGGUUGAGAAGGUCAAGGCUGAACUCACAGCGUCUAAGAGUGGUAGUUCAGACAAAUCAUUGGAGAAGACAGCCAUGAAAGAACUUGGCUUAAAGAGGGCUUGCCAUUUUGGAUGGCCAAACGUAUAUACAUUUACCAAGGCUAUGGGUGAGAUGUUACUUGAGCAGCAUAGGGGAGACCUUCCUGUCGUCAUUAUUCGACCUACCAUGGUAACCAGCACUUUCCAAGAUCCAUUUCCAGGUUGGAUAGAAGGGGCGAGGACAAUUGAUGCUAUGAUUGUCGCCUACACUGAGCAAGCAUUCCCAUGUUUCGUAGGUGAUCGCAAAGACACAAUGGAUGCAGUUCCUGCGGACAUGGUGGUAAAUGCAACGCUGGUAGCCAUGGCUGUUCAUUUGAAUGAGAAAGGACAAGUCAUUUACAACGUGUGCUCAGCACUCCAAAACCCAUUGACGGGUUAUGGCUUAGAAGACGCAUGUUGGGAUUACUUCUCCAUAUAUCCUCGUAUACAGAAUGGGAAACCCCUCAAAAACAAAAGGCCAUACGUGUUUAAGAGAUUCGCUUUAUUCCGCGCAUAUCUGAUACUGGUGUAUAAGCUACCACUUGAGAUGUUACAUGCCGUGAGCCUGUUAUUUUGUGGGUUGUUUUCACAAUAUUACAAUAAGCAAAACCGAAGAUACAAUUUCUUAAUGCUCUUGGUCAAGCUGUAUGCGCCAUAUGCCUUCUUCAAAGGAUGCUUUGAUGACACGAACAUGAGGAGGUUGAGGAUGGAAGUAAAAAUGGAUGGCAAUGCUAGUGACAUAUUUAACUUUGAUCUCAAAUCUAUGGACUGGCACACGUAUCUCCUGAAUGUACACGUCCCAGCUGUGCUAAAGUAUGGACGCAAAAAUAAGGGAAGCGUAUAAGAAAGAAAGGGACCAUUCUAUUCAUGAGAAAGAGAACAAGCAUCUUGUCCAACAAAAAUGUAUAUUGUACUGCUAAACAUUAUAAUUUGUAUGAAAUGAAUCACAUUUGUUUGAAUAUAUAAUUAUAUGAAUAUAUAGAUACUCACAUAUCCCA